AUGUCAGUUCUUUUCACAAAUAUUUCAGAGAACAACCCAGUCAAACCGGGUGAUGCGGAAGCCCUUCUUAAGCCGCUCGGCCUGACCAUCGACCCAGUCGAAGCGCAAGAUUUCCAUACUCUUCUCGCAGCAGUCCACGACUGCGCCGAAAGUGUUGCUGCAUUACCAGACUACCAACCAAUCCCCGACCAGACCAAGUAUCCACGGCAGAAUGUGCGUCGGCCAAGUUCAGAAGAACAGGCUUUCGGACAAGCCUGGGCACACCGCUUUUUGAUUCGGGGUAAUCCCGAAGGAGGGCCACUGGCAGGCAAAUCCGUCAGUUUGAAAGAUGUUAUUGCGGUUGCGGGUGUACCGCAGCUUCUAGGAAGCGAUAUCAUUCCUUCCUGGACACCGACUACGGACGCAACUGUAGUUACGCGGUUGCUCGAGGCUGGUGCGGAUAUCCAUGGCACAUCGACGUGUGAGAAUCUCUGUCAUUCUACUUCCUCAUAUACUAGCGCUCAGGGUACGGUGGAGAAUCCACAUGCGAGGGGCUAUUCAGCAGGCGGGAGUACCUCGGGCGGUGCAGCGCUGGUCGCCGCUGGUAUAGUGGACAUUACGAUUGGGGGUGAUCAGGGUGGCAGUAUACGCGUUCCCGCUGCGUUCUGUGGAUGCGUCGGGCUUAAGCCCACCUAUGGGCGCGUUCCCUACACUGGAAUUGCUAGCGGCGAUGCCGUGAAUGACCAUGCUGGUCCGCUGGCUCGAACAACACUUGAAAUUGCAGCAUGUCUGGAUGUUAUCAGUGGAUAUGAUGGUAUCGAUGAUCGGGCUCUCGGUAGCUCGAAACCAGACUCUACUGCAUUUGCGGCGAUUCAGCAGAAUCCGAACACACUUGACGGCUUCAAGAUCGGCAUUCUUAUUGAAGGAUUUACCCACAGCGCUGUGGACCCCCAUGUUAAGGGCGCAGUAUUGACUGCCGCCCAGAAAUUCAAAGAUCUGGGCGCAACAAUCGAGGAAGUAUCUAUUCCCGAGCAUCUUCACGGGCCCUCGAUCUGGACGAUUCAGCAGCGAAUCGCCGGGGCGCAGACUCUUCUGGGCCAAAAUACAGGCCGAAGAGGGCUUUACAUGAGUGAAAUGGAUGGUGCGCGACUUCCGUGGACUGAUGAUGGUUUCCAAAGGGCAUUCCCUUCCACGAAGAACGUAAUCAUUAACGGUCUUUAUCUAACGAAGCAAUUCCCUGGUCUUUACGGCAAGACUGUCAACAUUGGACGACUUCUCAGUGACAAGUAUGAAGCACUGUUUGAGAAGUUUGAUAUCCUGGUAAUGCCUACAACGCCAGUCGUUGCCCCUCAACAUGGAAAGCGGGAACUCCCACUGAAUUCCCUCAAGCCCAGUAUGGGUCUUACAAUAAAUACUGCGAUCUUUAAUGUGACGGGUCACCCGGCACUAACUAUUCCUGUCGGCUCUGCCCCAGCAAAGGAAGAUAACCAGGUCUUGCUGCCAGUUGGGAUGCAGAUUGUUGGUGGACUAUGGCAGGAAGAGAAGGUCCUGCGAGCUGGGCAUGUAUGGGAGACUCAUUUUGACUGGAGGAAGAUGCAUUACUCUACAGACAGAAACUAG